AACUUGCAAACCCAGAAGCUUUACCAGCCCGAGGUUCCUCACAAUGGCCUGAAGGCAGGAAGGGGACAGAUGGAUUCCUUGGCUCCUCUGUCAGAUGAGACUGCACAGCCAAGGAAGCAAGUGACUUGCUCGAGGACAGACCUAGUACCAAAGCCAGGCCCCUGCCUCACAGUCCAGGACUCUUUGCACUAAAGAGCUGAAGGAACUCAAGUACCAUUUAUGAGCCAUCCCUGAAAAACUGGUGGAUUCGAGGAAGGAUGAUGCUAGGAAGGAGCAAGAAGCCAAAGGAGAAAGAACUGAAAAGUGGCUGGGAGAACUCCAUUCUGGCAGCUACGUUGAUAUGUCACACCUCUCCCCAGAGGAGCAAUGGAGGGUCGAGCAUGCACGCAUGCAUGCCAAGCACCGUGGUCAUGAAGCCAUGCACGCCGAAAUGGUCCUCAUCCUAAUUGCUACCUUGGUGGUGGCUCAGUUGCUCCUGGUACAGUGGAAGCAGAGGCAUCCUCGCUCCUACAAUAUGGUGACCCUCUUUCAGAUGUGGGUUGUUCCCCUCUAUUUCACAGUGAAGCUGCACUGGUGGAGGUUCCUAGUGAUCUGGAUCUUCUUCUCUGCUGUCACAGCCUUUGUUACCUUCCGAGCCACCCGAAAACCACUAGUGCAGACAACCCCAAGGUUGGUUUAUAAGUGGUUCCUGCUAAUCUAUAAAAUCAGCUAUGCCACUGGCAUCGUUGGCUACAUGGCUGUCAUGUUUACCCUUUUUGGUCUUAACUUAUUAUUCAAGAUCAAACCAGAAGAUGCCAUGGACUUUGGCAUUUCUCUCCUCUUCUAUGGCCUCUACUAUGGUGUCCUUGAGCGGGACUUUGCAGAAAUGUGUGCAGACUACAUGGCGUCUACCAUAGGGUUCUACAGCGAGUCGGGCAUGCCUACCAAACACCUCUCGGACAGCAUGUGCGCCGUGUGUGGGCAACAGAUCUUUGUGGAUGUCAGUGAAGAGGGCAUCAUCGAGAACACAUACAGGCUGUCUUGCAAUCAUGUAUUCCACGAGUUCUGCAUCCGCGGCUGGUGCAUUGUGGGAAAGAAGCAGACGUGUCCCUACUGCAAAGAGAAGGUAGACCUCAAGAGGAUGUUCAGUAACCCCUGGGAGAGGCCCCACGUCAUGUAUGGUCAACUGCUGGAUUGGCUUCGAUACUUGGUAGCCUGGCAGCCUGUCAUCAUUGGCCUGGUACAAGGCAUCAACUACAUCCUGGGCCUCGAAUAAUCAGUCAGAAGAGCAUCCACCCACCAUGGACCUCAGGGCACACUCCUUCCUGCCCUUCAAGACUCCUGGGUGGAAAGACUCACAGGGGCACUUGGGCCACUCAGGACCCUUCCAGCUGUGUCGGGCAGGGGAGGGAUAUGAUGGCGAGCUAGCCAGUGGGGCUGUUUGGCAGUGGGGACUUUU